CCAACAGCACCAUCAAACAGAAAACAGAACGCAAAGAUGUCCGGUGGGGUUGGUCCAACAUGCAACGACAUAAGCCUGCCAAAGGAGCAAGAACAAGAGCAUAAGGUUCAAAAUGACGACUCAAAGUCCCUUAAGAGCGUCAAAACUCCUACAACCCAACAAAAAGCUGGUUUUCUCAGCUUUCAACAACUCAACUCUCUUGCUGUUAUGAUUGUCUUAUCUGCAAGUGGAAUGGUAAGCCCUGAAGACAUUGCUUUUGUCCUACUUUCUAUCAUCUACGUCUAUUUCCUGUCCAGAGUUGCAUUCCCUUCUCUUCAACCUGGAAGAGAGAGCUCAGUUUUUGAUGUCAAAAACAAGGUUCUACGACUAUAUGUGCUCGUUGGUGCCAUAAUUGGGCUUCUUCUACCAAUUGGGUAUAUAUUUGAAGGGAUCUAUGAGGGUGAUAAGGAGGGGAUCAAGGCAGCAGCCCCACAUGUCUUUCUCUUGGCCAGUCAAGUAUUCAUGGAAGGGCUUGCUUUUUCAGGCAAGUUUUCGUUACCUAUAAGAGCUUUUGUGCCUGUGUGUUAUAAUUCAGUGAGGAUGUAUGCCAUUCUGGAUUGGUUGAGGAAUGAGAUCUCAAAGGGGGAGGAAGAGUAUGGAGGAUCUACAAGAAGGCUGUACGUUGGGAUGAUUCUUGCUAUUGCUAAUCUGGCUUUUUGGUCCUUCAACCUCUUUGGGUUCUUGUUGCCUGUUUAUCUUCCUAAGGCUUUCAAGAGGUACUACUCAGACCCUAAGAUGAGAGAUUGAUGCCCUGCUGGUUGGGAAGCAGAGGAAGAACAGGUUUUCUGCGUGUGAUGUAUAUUUAUGUUUUCUCAGUUUCUUAGAAUUUCCUUAUGCAGACAAUGUAUUAUGUUGCUGUUGGUAAUAUACACCCAGAGCAAUUAAAACCGUCAA